AUGGCGACAUCAUCAUCAUCGUCAUCAUCACCAUCAUCAUCAUGGCUACACCGCCUGAAACAGACGAUAUUCCAGAAAAGCGAUAGGCGGCCCUGGAUGCUGCAGUACAGGUCGCACGCCGCCUUCAUCAGCGCCACGGUGUCGAUUGCCGUGUUUACAGACAUCUUUCUAUACGCCGUUAUCGUGCCGGUUAUGCCCUAUACCCUGACGGAGAAGACUGGGAUCGAUCCGGAAGAAAUCCAACGCUGGAACUCGAUUCUGAUCGCCGUCUAUGCCAUCUGCGGUUGGUUCGCCGACAACACGACGACGCGGCGGCUGCCGUUGCUCAGCGGGUUGCUCGCGCUGGCGGCUUCGACGGUGAUGCUCAACAUCGGCGGCUCGAUCGCGGUGCUGGUGGCCGGGCGGCUGCUGCAAGGUGCGUCGGCGGCGGUCGUGUGGGUUGUGGGGCUGGCGCUGCUGGUCGACACGGUGGGCCAGACGGACGUCGGGCAGGCCAUGGGCUACGUCAGCAUGGCCAUGAGCCUGGCGGUGCUGCUGGCGCCGCUGCUGGGCGGCGUCGUGCUCGAGCACGGCGGCUACGACGCUGUCUUCGCCAUGGCGUACGCGCUGAUCGGCGUCGACGUCGUGCUGCGCCUCGUGCUGGUCGAGAAGAAGGUCGCCAAGACGUGGGAGCUGGAGUUCGAGGAGGUGCUGGUUGGUAGUGGUAGCGGGACGCAUACGCGGGCGGGUUCUGGGGCCACGCAUUGCCGCUGCAGCGCCGAGGACGAGGACAUCGAGCUCGAUGAGAAGGGGAAGAAGAGCUGCGACACCUCUCAUGUUCUUGAGAAGUCCGCGCAGGAAACCCAGCAAGCCGUCGUCUGCUCAUGCAGCAACCAUCAACAAGAACAACAACAACAACCCGCCGACCGACAACAACGUCCCGUCUCCACCAACUCCUCCAUCUUCCGCCACCGCCUCCCUCUCCGCUACCGCCUCCCACCCACCCUCUCCCUCCUCCUCUCCCGCCGCCUCUCGUGCUCGCUCUGGUCCACGCUCGUCGUCUCGGUCCUCAUGUCCUCGCUCGACGCCGUCAUCCCGCUCUACGUCCGCGAGACCUUCCACUGGACCAGCACGGGCGCCGGCCUCAUCUUCCUGCCCAUCGUCAUCCCGUCGUUCCUGGCGCCCGUCUUCGGCGCCGUGGCGGACCGCGGCUCCCCCCGGUGGCCCACGGCGAUCGGCUUCCUGGCCGCGUGCCCCUGCUGGGUGUUGUUGCGGCUCGUCGACGGCAACGACCUGCGCCAGAAGGCGCUGCUGUGCGCGCUGCUGGCUUGUCUGGGCCUCGCGCUCGCGAUGAUCAUGCCGUGCGUCAUGGCGGAGAUUACGUAUGUUGUUGCGGCGAAGGAGGAGAGGACGCCUGGCUUGUUCGGGCGGAAGGGCGCGUAUGCGCAGGCGUAUGGGUUGUUUAAUAUGGCGUGGGCGGGUGGCGCGCUGGUGGGGCCGAUUUGGGCGGGGUAUGUGAAGCAGCACGCUGGAUGGGGGGCGAUGGGGUGGAGUUUGGGGUUGUUGGCGGCCCUCAGUGCGGUGCCGGCGGUGUUGUGGACCGGAGGUUGGGUGUUUAGCAAACAGGAGCCGAAGGAUAGAGGGAAGACGAAUCAGCAAAGCGGAGUACUGAAGGUUUGA